CCGCGUGCCGCCGGUUCCGCGUAAUCGAGUCUCUCUGCGCAUUUUCAGUUGUACACCGAUCAUCGUCGUGGAAAGUUCGUGCGCGUGAUCGCUCAGACGUUGUGCGAUACCACGUGCACACCGCCUGCGAAUUUUACUUCACGUCUUCGUGUGUACGACAUACAACAUGGAUAUACCGACUGUGGACGCAUCGCAACCGAAGGCUAUAAGAAUGGCAGGAUCAGCGGAGAGCGAAAGCGGACCAGAGGCACAUGAUGAGUCAUUUUUCGGCAUCCUGGACAUAGCAUUGGUCGUUGGUCUCUUCUUAGCGGCAGCAUGGUGGCUCUUGAAAAGAAGAAAGCGGGAAGAACUCACGCCGACAACAAAAUCCUACUCUAUCCAACCGACGUCAUUCGUCGCGGUACCGCCAUCAGAGAAUUCCUUUAUCAAAAAACUGAAGUCCUCUGGGCGAAGUCUGGUCGUGUUCUACGGCAGCCAAACGGGUACUGCUGAAGAAUUCGCUGGUCGUCUCGCCAAGGAGGGUAUCAGAUACAAGAUGAAGGGCAUGGUGGCCGACCCCGAGGAAUGCGACAUGGAAGAGUUGAUACACUUGAAAACUAUUCCAAAUAGUUUGGCAGUGUUUUGUUUGGCUACAUACGGAGAGGGCGAUCCCACCGACAAUGCAAUGGAGUAUAUUGAGUGGCUCAAGAACGGUGACGGUGAUCUCACAGGAUUAAAUUAUGCGGUAUUCGGGCUGGGUAAUAAAACCUAUGAACACUAUAAUGAGAUUGGAAUAUAUGUGGAUCACAGAUUGGAGCAGCUGGGUGCUACGCGCGUUUGCGAGUUAGGUCUUGGGGACGAUGACGCAAACAUAGAGGAUGACUUUAUUACGUGGAAAGAUAAAUUUUGGCCAGCCGUCUGUGAGUUCUUUGGAAUCGAAGGCACUGGCGAGGAUGUCAGUAUUCGACAAUAUAAACUUACGGAACAUGUAGAUCUAUCAACCGAUCGCAUCUACACUGGAGAGCUCGCUCGUCUUCAUUCCUUUACAAACCAGAGACCGCCGUAUGAUGCAAAAAAUCCAUUCUUGGCUCCUGUGAAAGUGAAUCGCGAAUUACAUGGUCCAACAUCCGACAGAUCAUGCAUGCAUAUAGAAUUCAACGUUGAAGGCUCCAAAAUGCGAUACGAGACAGGUGAUCAUUUGGCCGUCUAUCCCGUGAACAGCGCGGAGCUGGUGAACAAAAUUGGUGAACAAUGCGGCGCGAAUUUGGAUACUGUUUUCACCCUUACGAAUACAGACGAGGAGUCCUCAAAGAAGCAUCCAUUCCCUUGCCCUUGCAGCUAUAGGACUGCUUUAACACAUUACUUAGAUAUUACAAGUAACCCACGCACGCACAUUCUCAAGGAGUUAGCGGAGUACGCGACCGAUACCGCAGACAAAGAGAAGCUAAAACUGAUGGCGUCGACCACCGCAGAGGGCAAAACUGCUUAUCAACAAUGGAUAAUUCAAGAGAAUCGCAAUAUUGUGCAUAUUUUAGAGGAUAUUCCCAGCUUGAAGCCACCUCUAGAUCAUCUGUGCGAGAUUUUGCCACGAUUACAAUGUCGAUACUACUCAAUAUCCUCGUCUCCGAAGCUUCAUCCAACUUCGAUCCAUAUUACGGCAGUAGUGGUGGAGUACAAAACUCCGACUGGCAGAAUAAACAAGGGUGUUACGACUAGUUGGUUGAAGGAGAAACAUCCCUCCGAUCCACCUUGUCUCGUCCCGAUUUUUGUAAGGAAAUCUCAGUUCCGUUUACCAACGCGCCUGAAUAUCCCCAUCAUCAUGGUUGGUCCAGGAACCGGUUUAGCGCCAUUCAGGGGCUUCAUACAGGAGCGAGAUUUUGCCAGAAAAGAAGGUAAAGAGACAGGCGACACAAUAUUGUACUUUGGAUGCAGAAAAAGCCAAGAGGAUUAUCUUUAUCAUGAAGAAUUAGAGCAGUAUGUGAAGGAUGGCACUUUAACGUUGCACACCGCGUUCAGCCGGGAACAACUGCACAAAGUCUACGUCACACAUUUACUCGAGAAGAACAAAGAGGAAAUAUGGCGUGUUAUCGGCGAACAAAACGGACAUAUUUAUGUUUGCGGGGAUGCAAGAAACAUGGCUCGCGAUGUGCACAAUAUAUUGCUCAAAGUGGUGAUGGAACGUGGCAACAUGUCAGAACUUGAUGCUGCAAAUUAUAUCAAGAAGAUGGAGUCACAAAAGCGAUACUCUAGUGAUGUUUGGAGUUGAGCCAUAUUAAUUGUAUCAUAGAGAAAUAUACAGAAGAAUUUUUUAAAGUGCGAGGGCCAGAGUUUGAUGCUUGAUUCAUUAAAGCGACGGAAUGGUAGUAUAAUGACAUUCAGUCAAAUCGUUUAUCAUUUUCUCUAUCUUCAUUUAAUGAUUUUCAUCCGAUGAGUUUUAUUCCGUCAUCAUGUCCUGCCGAAUAGAAUAAUUAUAGUUAAAUUACAUUCGAUAGCCAGAGCCAGCAUUACAUACAGAGGCCUUUUUAAAAUUUAUGCGAAGUAUUUAAAUAUGUACGACUUAUUUUUCGUAUUUGUGUUUUUAUAAAUAACAAAUUUAUAGAUCGUCUUAUAUUAAAUAUUUAAAUGUAUUAGCUACAUAUUUAUGUAAGUCCGAUUUUCGAAAGGACUGACUUUAUUUAAAUUUUUUUGAAAGAAAUGUAGAGAGACUCGAUAACUCGUGGGAUUUUUUGUACAUAUUUUUUGCACCGUUUAUAAUUUAAAUAAAUAUAUGCAUGACAGAUUAUUUCAUAUUUAGUAAAAGCAUUCGUUAACUCUUCAUGGUCAGGAAUUGUCGCCUUUGCUAUUUCAUAGUCUUGAUAGAUAUGUUUAUCGAGUUUCUGUACAUACUUACAUUAUUCGUAUGUAGCAUCUCUGCCUAUCUCAUCAAGAAUGCUAAUCAGUUAUUUAUCUACAAAAUGAUCAUAAAAUUAUUUUAUGACUAAUUUUAUUACAAUUAUAUAAUAAUUUUUAUCAUAUCUGUACAAUUACUUUAAUGAACUCUGAUAAUUUUUAUAUACAUAAACAAUAAGACGAGAUAGAUUAGCUCGUCUCUGCUGAUAUUUUAACAUUCUUAACGUAUUGUCUAAUAAAACAUAUCAGGUCUGGUCACCGUGAUGUAACAAAUACUAUUCGUUACAUAAAUUGUACAAACAAUUUCAUUGAAAUUUUGUUGUUUUUCAUUAUCAUCCGCGAUCGUUCGAUCGCAAUGCGCCAAUCUGGUUAAAUGUUACAUCUCACAUCGAAUAUAAGGCGAAUAUAAUGUAAUGAAUAUAAUUUCUUUUUAUAAGAUCAGUAUAUACGUAUAGACAAUGUGAAUAAUUGUUAUUAUGAAAGAGGACUUUGUUAAGUUUGCUCUUGAUACUAAUUACAUUUCUUAGAAGUGCAAUCGGAUAUCAAUUGGUGAUAUUAGUCAGUAUAUAGUGAAAUCUUUUACGCGAUAUUUAAAGCAAAUUUAUUCCAGUGUUUGAAAUAAUAUUUUUAACUUAAGUUGGUGCGUGUGAACCAAAGCGAUCUUUAGUGAAACUUAAGGCUCAGAAGACCUGUUACUAGUGAAUAUUAGUUCGAAUUCAAUCCAUCGUAGUGCAGCAUAUAAUAUAUACAAAUCAAAAUAGUUAUCGCGUGCGCACUGGUUUCAAUCAACAUACAUUAAAAUUGUUAAUUUAGACUUUCUCUGUCUCUAUUUAAGAGUUCAAAUGAAUUAUAAUUGAGUUAAUUAUAAGAGAACCGAUAUUGAGCAACAAUGUAACUGUUAUUAAUAUUGAAAUUAAAUAAUACAAUUGAUAUUGUUAUAGCAAUUAUGAAUGAGAUGAUCGCUGUUUAUUUACAUAGCGUUUUUAAUCGUUUUUAAUCCGAGAAUAUAAAGGUAUGCGUGUAGUUUAGCUAUGAGCGGUAAUCGAUUCUUAAUUUAGGAGUGUUUUAAGUAAUAUGUCUUAAGAUGCUAAUACGACUGUGAUAGGUUGAUGACAUCUUCAAGCUAUACUUAAGAUAGUCUUAAAUAUGAGAACCUAAAUACCGGCCUGUUGGCGAUUGUAUAACGAAUUAUAACUAAUUAUAUUUUUACACGAUGCAUACAGGGAUGGUGAAUAAAAAUCAUGUUGAUCAACAUAUGUAAAGCAA